UUUGCAAAAUAUAUAUAUUAAACGAAAUUACUUCACAUCCCAAAACCAUACGUUCUAUAUUCUCCCUUGCGACGGUGACUUUGUAUUCAAACUUUCCUGUUUUUGAUCUCAAAUCUUGGGUUUACUCAUUUGGUGUGGCGUACAGUGGAUACAGCUUGGGUCUGUUUAAGUUAAACGGUUGUGGAAUUGGCAUAAACUUGAUUAGGAGGAUUGGCAUGGCAUCAAGGCGUAAUAUCCGUUAUAGUAAUCUUGACGUUGAUGAUGAUGACUACUACAAUAAUGGUGGGAGGGAGGAUCCUCGUUUCAACUAUUCAUUAAACCCCUCAAAUGAAAUUCCCUGGAAAUCUAUCGCACUAGCACUUUUCUUGCUCUCUAUUGGAAGUGGGCUUCUCUUUUUAGCCUUUUUCAUUUACACAGGACACAUGGGAGGGGAGCCAUACCAAGCAUAUGGCAUGCUCGGACUUGGGAUUCUUACCUUUCUCCCAGGUUUCUAUGAGACUCGUGUUGCCUACUACUCAUGGAGGGGUGCCCAGGGCUAUAGCUUCCGAUCCAUCCCUGAGUAUUGAUAGCUUUAAUGCCGGAAGACCUUGGAAUUUGUGUUGUUUCCACGCAUGGAUCUUGAUAGCAUUUUGUCAUAUAGGCUUUUACAGUUUUUGUUGUUCAGAGAAUCAUACAUAUACAUAUUGCUCUCGUUCUUUAGUUCUGUGUCAUGUAAGUUAAGCCUAGACCCUUAUUAGUUUUUCCCCUUCUGAAAGUAAAUCGUUGAGACAUUAGGAACAGAAGGAUGUAUACCAGAUUUAGUCACUCCAGGAUAAUGCUUUUCCUAUAUUCCGUGUUUGUUUUGCUUUUGAAGUAUAUUUCCGAUAUAUUUUUUUUG